CUCCAUCGCGCCCCUGCUUUUCAUUCGUCUACCUCCGCUAGCAUGCAUAGUUCCUAACAUAUUGCGUUUAAAAACACGUAGCACUGAAACAGCGACGAAACGGGCAAAGGCAGUAGAAGCGUUCCGCAGAAUAUAUGUCAUUUAUCUGGUUUCUAAAGUAGUGGACAAAUUAGGAGUGGCUUGUUGGGCGUUUGAAAUCGGACACCGCUAGCGUUGAGGUCCCUAUUUCAAGCGGAGGGAUACCGUGUUGGGGCUGACAAUGUGGAAGGUUGUUAAGAUGUCUACUCGGAGGUUGAAAUGGUUUCAAUUGUAGCAACAAAAAGGGAGACUUAAGACUUGUAGAGUUCGGAUGCAAGUAGGAUAUAACAUUUUAAUGAAGUGGGCUGCUUAACCUACCAAGAAAAAAGAAAACAAAAAACAAGGAAAAAAGGAAGAUCUCGUCGGUCUCGAGCCACGGCUUUUAAAGCACUGGGGGGAAAAUCGCUUGAAGUUUUAUGGUUUUUUACACUUGAGUUUUUUUUUUACUGUUGGAUGCGAGAAUUCUGAAAAGCACUCGGAUGAUGUGUUAGUCUCCACUCCAGCAGGGAUCUGGAUCACAUUGUAUCCUUAGAGAUUUUUUUGUACUGGUGGUUAGUGGCUGAGACAUAAGUGUGGCAUGAACCAACAGCAGCAGCAGAGAAUGGCUGCAGUGGGAACAGACAAGGAACUGAGUGACCUCCUGGAUUUCAGUGCGUUCUCCUCCUUUGUUGAUGUAGACGGAGCCUCAUUGGGAAUGACUGUGCAUGCUCAAAGGAUUGCCUUGCCAAAAAUGUUUGCUCCUCCUGUCGCUAAUGGAAAAAACAGACCAACCACCCUCGCAAGCAGCCAGUUUGGAGGGUCAGGUUUGGAUGAACGGUCCGGGUCAGGAUCCUGGGGACCAGGAGAACAGAACAGCCCCGCUUUCCAUCAGGGCAGGGGUUAUGGAGAAGGCUCUCAUUACAACGAACACGAAGGACUCGCUUCCUCUCCCUUCCUCGGCUCAGGUUUAGUUGGUAAAACGUAUUCACCAUUUGGAAGAGAAGGUGGAAUGUCUGGAAUUAGCCAGGCUGGCUUCCUUUCCAGUGAGAUGGCAAUGCCCAACCCAGAUGCCCUGUCUCCCUCUGGCAUGAAGGCAGGCUCUCAGUACUACUCCUCGUACCCCAGCAACCCUCGCCGGCGGCCGGCUGACAACAACAUAGAUGGACAGCCUAAAAAGAUCCGAAAGGUUCCUCCCGGCCUGCCUUCUUCAGUUUAUGCUUCAACCUCUGGGGAAGAUUACAACCGGGAACCAGCCAGCUACCCCCCAGUGAAGGCUGGCCCUGGCUACCCCGGGUCCUUUUACAUGCAAGACCCGUGGAACUCCUCUGGAGAGAUUGGCCAGGCUGGAUACGCAGCCGUGCUGGGAAACCCCACUCACCUCUCCCAGCCAAGCGGCUUCACCAGCCUUCACCCGCAGGACAGGAUGCAGAAGCGUCACUCUCUCGCGUUGUCUCCUCAGAACUACCCUCUGCACGGCAGCGAGGUGAACGGCAGCCUGCCGCCCGGCUUCCACGCAGGGUCAGCUGGCUACGGAGUGUCCAAUCACACGCCUCCGCUCAACGGGGCGGAGCCCAUCAUGGCCAACAGAGGCACCACAGCAGGGAGCUCAGGGGAUGAAAUUGGAAAGGCUUUAGCUUCGAUCUAUCCUUCAGACCACAACAGCAGCAACAACUUCCCCUCCAACCCCUCCACACCAGUGGGGUCACCCCAGGGAAUACCAGCAGCUACAUCUCAGUGGUCCAGACCAACCGGCCCGGCUGCCUUAUCUCCUAACUAUGAAGGUGGAUUGCACGCCUUGGUAUCCUCUGUGAAAGGGAUGUUGCAUCUCAGUGGGAUUUUAACCAGUUUAAAUAAAAUGAAUGAUGAUGAUGAUGAUGACGAUGGUGAUGAUGAUGAUGAAAAUGAUGGUGGCUUUCAAAGACAAAACAAGAUGGAGGACCGCCUGGAGGAAGCCAUCCACGUGAUGCGGAGUCACGCAGUGGGUCAGGCCACGGCCCUCGCCAGCGGCCAUGGGGACAUGAACAGCCUGCUGACAGCAGCUGUCUCCGCACACAACGGGGGAGUCGGGGGCCUUGCCCAGGCCUUCUCGGGAGCGGGGCUGCCUCUGAGUAACCGGCACGCUUCCAUGGGUGGAAGUCACCACGAAGACUCGGGCGGAUUACCCAGCAACCCUGCGCUGCUCCAUGGCCACCAUGUCUCCCUGCCCCAGUCGGGGGCGCUCUCCGAUCUCAACAGACAGCAGGACUUCUCCAGCAUGACUGCUGGAAUCACACGCUCCACACACUCCUCCUCCAGCACAGACGUGAAGAGUGAGGGGAAGGAGGAUGAUGAGAACUCCAACGCAGACAAGUCUGAGGACGAGAAGAAGGACCAGAAAAGCUCUCGCAGCCGAACAAGAAAAGAGCCGUUUUCCUUCCAGACCUUCUCUGCCCUCUCAGACCAGGGAAAUGAGGAUCUAGAUGAGGAUGAGGAGGACCUUCCCGUAGAGGUUAAAGCCGAGCGAGAGAAAGAGCGGCGGGUGGCUAAUAACGCCCGUGAAAGGCUGCGGGUGCGAGACAUCAACGAGGCCUUUAAAGAGCUUGGGCGCAUGUGCCAGCUUCAUCUUAGCGCCGACAAACCUCAGACCAAACUACUAAUCCUGCACCAGGCUGUUAAUGUAAUACUCAACCUGGAGCAACAAGUGCGAGAGCGUAACCUGAACCCCAAGGCAGCCUGCCUGAAGCGACGCGAGGAGGAGAAGGUGUCAGGGGUGGGGGAUCCCCAGAUGCAGCUGUCAGGGGGGCACCCAGGCCUAGGGGACGGGCACAACCCUGUCAGCCAUAUGUAGCGCCAGAUCCGUGCUCUGGAAUUUAGCAGUGCUCUUGGAAGAUGUGGCCUUAUAUUCUUCUUCCAGCAUCACCCUCAUAUACUGCCAAAGCUGCCACAGCCGGUGGGGUCGAAAGCUGUACCUGACACAACCGUCGCAAAUGUGAAGAAUUCAUUUUGUUCAUGGUUUUACAUUUGCUUCCAUAAAUGAUGGAACAUUUCAACAGAUCCUGGUCACUAAGUGGAGAAUCUCAGCUGCUGCUUCUCCCCAACACAGCCAAGAGGAAAUGAGAAAAAAAACAAACAGGAAUUUGUGCCUAAUCUUCUUUAUAUCUUUUGUUUUUAUAAAAAAAACAUUUUCGUAAUGUUUGGAACAAACUUUUUUUUUAAUUGCUUAUUUGUAAGCAAUUACUGUUAAUUAUUUUUUGUAUAAAAAAAAAAAAGGUCUUUAGUCAUUUUGUGAUUAGCAUUCCCAGCAGAAAAAAGGAGCUGUCUUAUUUCUCAUUGGAAAAAACAGACUGGUUUGUCAUGUAAUGGUUAUUGGAACCAUUCAGGGCUUCAGUUGUGAAGUGGUCAGGGGCGAGUGAGUGUACAGGGGGAGGGGGGGUUACUUAAAAACAUGCAAUCUGUUUAGCCACACAGGAAGUAGGCCUCAAUAUGACAAAUGGGAGCCAUGAAAGGAGGAAGUAGCUGCAGUCCCCUCCCCCGUAGCAGCUGUUUGUAGCUGCUGUUUUAAUUCAGUGUUGAGAAGGGUAAUGGGCAACAAAGUGCCAGACCCCCCCUCCCCCCUCCCAUACACACACAUGCAUACCCACUGCCUCACUCACUCACCCUUACCAAACUCUAUAGAGGGCAGCACUGUUGUAUUCCCUGGGCAGAGCAUGAACGAUGGAUAAGUCUGAAGCACUCCCUAAGUGUAUUGGCUUCUCUGCUCGCUGCCAGCUUCUUUCUCACUGUUUCCAGCCAGCUCACAUUUACACAUUGGACAUGUCAAGCAGCUGUUCUGGUGGACAUUUUGCAUUUAAAAAGAUCCCCCCCCCCCCCCCCCCCCCCAGUAAGCCUGGAGCAAAUUAAUCCCUGUAUCUGUUUCUCUCUGUGUACUGUAUAGAGAGCAAGUCUCUAGAGCUUCACAAACCCUCUCCUUUCAUUAAUCUGUUGGGGUUUAUUUGUUCUUGUUUUUCAUUGUUAUUGUCUGUUGUUCUAGGGCAAGCAUGUACAUUAAAAAAAAAAAAUCCAAGUCAUACGUAAGUAGGGAUGUUAUUUUAUGUAAGAUGAGCAAAACUAUAUUUUUAUUAGACUAUACAUUGUAGAUUUUUUUAAGAAAAAAAAAAUGUAGUUGGGAGUAGAGUGUAGAGUUUGAAAAAAAAAAAUGUCUUUAAUGAGUUUGCUUCUCAUGACUGCCAUAUGUCGGCAGUAAUUUUUUUUUUUUUUUAAACAUAAAAUAAUUAAAAACCUGGUAUUGUGGACACCUGUAUUGGCUCUGUUUGAAAACACAGGGAAGAGUCCUAAUCUCUUGUGGGUGCACCGCCUGCUUAAAGGAAACUAAAUGGAAGAAGCUGGUGGUAGAAUAAUUUCUGUGACCAGAGGAGUGUUGUCCUGUCUGUUUUUGCCGCUGUCUGUUACAGCAGAGACUGUGGUGGGGGGGGUCGGGGCUCACUGUCGAAACAAGCAAGGGGCCGAGUCUUCCAGGUGCAGAGCUGGCAUAGGAAUGUGCAGGAGAGACACAGAGCAGAGCCAGCGCGAGCCACGGGGUGUCAGGAGAGAGCAGGGUGACGCUCGUCCGCCUGGGGUUAAAGGUUCGGAGCGCUUGUGGGCAUCCUUUCAAGAAGAGGAACUGCCUGUUUUGUUUGAGUUUUCGAUUUACCGAGGGGUGGGUGGGUUACUCCGCCACACUCAUUUAAAACUGGAUUUGACCUUUUUUUAGUUGAAGCAUUACCCUGAAACUAGUGUGCAGGGAUUCUCCGUGAUGCCCGUUUUAAACGCAGGUCCUCACCAGACCCCAGUAUUAUCCCCUUGUUAUAUUUUUUGUUUUUAAUCCCACUUAUAACCACAGCAUUGCAGUGAGGUGACCUUGCUGGCUACCUCUGUACCCAGAAACUGAACCAUCACACUGAACCAUGGCUGAGCUGAGAUUCAAAACCUGGGAUUCUCAUUGGCUUGAACCACUAGGCCUGUUGGUGCUACUUUUCUUUAAUAUUUGGUUAUUGUUGGUCAUCAGCUGAUUUGUAUUUAUCUAUUAACCUAGUGAAAUUUAUAACUAAUACUCGUCGCCCUUUGUUUGAUUCCAAACUACUGUGGUUCCAAUGCAGUGUUCUUGCUAUUCAUGUUAUGGUUUCAUCCUGACACCCCUGGUUUCUGUUGGCUGUGGGGAAUUUAUUUUAUUUGGGGGGGGGGGGGGGGGGGUAUAUAAUUUAUCAGACUGCUGACUGAAUAGAACAAAAGUGCGUGCUUAUCUUUAGUUACCUGACACAGCUACCAGCAGAGCCCCUUGGUGGGUGGCAGCAUUGUGUACUUUCAGUAAACCACAGGGGGGCGCUGUUCACACCAUUAUUAGUUUACUGUUGACUGCAGAAGUGGAGCAGUGAGUUUUAUUUAGACGUGAUCAUUAAAGAAAAGCAAUAGUGUGGCCUUUUCAUUCUCGCACUUCUGAUGCCAUUUGAGAGAAUGAUACCUAAUCAGUGCCUGACAUUUGUUUUUAAACUUUAAAAAGUAAAAUAAAAAAAAUAGUGUAGUACAUUUAUUGCAGAGAUGUGCAGUAUACCCUAUAAAUGGUUUUAAAUAUGUGGGUAAAGAAGAAAAAUUAGGCUUAUUUUUCAAACUGAUCCAUUUUUUAUAUAACAAUUUUUUGAUAAAGAGGAAAUAAAAAUGUUAUUUGUUUUGUAGAUUUUGUGUCUGGACUCAAACUUUGAUCUUGCUACAUGAUAGAUAGUGAUGUGGAAAACCUUUGAGUUCUUGUUUUUAAUCGUCUGUUUAGCAGUUCUGAUUAGUGUUGCCAGCUAAGCUGUUCAGCUGGCUCACACACUUGUACUUCGCUUAAAGGGAGAGGCAUCUGCUUUUCUAUGUAGAAGGGCUGAGGUCUCUGUCGUCUGAACAAGGAUCUGAGGCUCCCAAACAGUAUUUGUUGUAACCAGUACAUUUGUUUACAAUCUACAUCUGACGUAGGGGAGCAGAGAAGGUGAAUCUUAAUGGCACUAUCCAAGUUGUUUUGUUUUCUUUGUUCCAUGUUUGCCCACUGCGCUUCCCCACUGGGCUGUCCCCGGCUCUCGAGUGAUGUAGUGGGUUUGAGCAGAUGACCUGCCCAGGCCUCCUGGGGCAGUGAAAGCAGGUGUCUCUGUCCUUCAAAGGGGGGAACACAACAAGUGAAAGGUUGUGUUUCAGAGUGCCUCCAGUCAGAACUUCUCCUUUUUAUAAAGUAGCUAUUGAGAACUGUCAUGUAUAUAACAGUAAUGUAGCAAUAAAUGUGCCAUUUUUAAUAACAAAUAUACUUUUUUUUUUUUUCAAUGUCUGUCUUUUGAAUCUUGUAUACUUCAAAAAGAAAACAAAAAAAAAACAAAAAAAAACCCCAGAACAAGAAAAAACAGGAAAGGAAAAAAAAACAUUAAAGGUUUUACCUUAAACUGAUAA